CACUGCCUCGUCCGACAGUAAAACAAGUCCCCUCGCUGAGUGCUAACAGAUGCGCUAACAGAAUAAUACCGACCCUACAGUUCUCACCAUCAGCCCGGAACCAGCGCGGGCUCUGCCGGAGCCGGCACCAUGCGGGCAGAGUUCCGGGCUCCCCAACGACGAACCCGGGUUUAUGAGGACUACGAGGCUCCGCUGCCGGUGAGCCGGGACCCGCAUGAGAGGAAGGUCUACCGAGCGGAGCUCAUCAACCAGCAGGUUCUGGUCUGUCAUCCGGACCACAUCCAGAAGAUCCACAACCAGGGUUUCUUUGGAAAAGGUGUUCUGUCCAGAGCCAGGCCCAACCACAGCGUCUCGGACAAAUGGGAGCGUGAGUUGACACCUGCAGUGAUGUCACUGUCAAUCUGGUCCAGUCAGUGCUGUUCACACCUGGUCUCUGUUUGUGUUACAGAACACGCAGGUCUACUUCUGCCUGUUGUCUCUCCAUCCAGGUAUGAGGAGCUGCUCAGAUGGGCAAAGGAGGCUCUCUCUGCUGAAGGACUGGAUGAAGAAGUGUUCGGUAAAACCCUGCUCGCGUUGACUCGGGCAGUGGACAUUGAAGAUGUAAAGAAGGAGUUGGGAGGAGGGCAGGCAGAGGGGGAGAACGGAACAAGGGAGGAGGAAGAAGAGGUGAAGCCAAUAGAAGCCUGUGAUCUCCCAAAGGGGCAGAGGUUGGAGUCAGAGGUGGAGCCAGAAGCCAAGAGAGGCUGCAGAUCAAAUCAACAGGAUCCUGAUUCUAGCUCUGAACAGGACUCUGACUCAAGCCCAGAUUCUGGUCCUGAUCCAGCCUCUGACUCGGAUCUCGAUAAUGGUCUUAUGGUUCCAGGUCCUGGUUUUGUCCUGGUGGUCUCUGAAGGUCAGGACGGAGGAGGAGUCAGAGAGGUGAGGCGGAGUCCACUGUCUUUCACAGAGUACCUGCAACUUGGUCUGGAGGAGGCCUUCUUCCUGGUCUACAGUCUGGGUUGCCUUUCCGUCUACCUUCAGCAGGAGCCACUGUCAAUCAUCCAGCUUUGGAGGAAGUUCCGAUCGCUUCAUCCUGACUUCAUCAGCUUGUACGCUGCUUAUCAUCAUUUUCGCAGCAAGGGGUGGGUCCCUAAAGGAGGAGGCGGGGCCAAGUAUGGUGCCGAUCUCAUGUUAUACAGGAAAGGACCGCCUUUCUACCAUGCCAGUUAUUCCGUGGUAGUUGAAAGGACAGAUGAAACAUUCAGGGGCAUGGCUCUGCGUCCGUUUUCAUGGCGUUCUCUGGCCGCUCUCAGCAGGAUCACAGCAAACGUCUCCAAGGAGCUGAUGUUGUGUUACGUCAUAUACCCCGCUGACCUAUUGGAGGCAGAGCUGGACUCACCUGUGUGCCUGAGCAGGUUGAAGGUUCAGGAAGUGAUCGUCAGCAGGUGGGUUUCCUCCAGAGAGCGAGCUGAGCAAGAUAACAUCUGAAUGGCUGGCAGGAGAAGCUGGGCGGUGAUGAUGUCGCAGUGAAAAUUGGAAACCAAUCAGACAGGGAAUGUGUCUGUCUUUGAUUUAAUGAAGAAAGUGUGGUUUCCUUGGACAGAAGAAAAGAGAAGAAGCUGCUCCAUGGGAUGAGGACAAGGAUGAUAAUGAUACACACUGGAUCUUGACUGCAGUGUAUUAUAUCAGGAGGCCUGUGGUGUUCAAGCGUACAGCUCUUCGUCCUGACAUUUCAUCUUUUGUGACUCAGUUCAUUUGACUCCUCCCCUUCUGAGAAUACAUGAAACAGCUGUUUUUGUUAAGAACUGUCCUGGCUACACCAACAUUAGUGAUGUACAAUUAGUGCUGAUGGGCCAAACUCAGAGCAGCUAUCACAUCUCCUCAUUAGGAAACUUCUGUUCACCAGAACCAGAACCAGGGCCUUAAGCAUGUUGUCAACAUGAAGUAUUUGUAAGUAAACAGAUUUCUUGUUUCAGGUUAUGUUUUAGUUGUACCAUUGAGAUGUUCUAAUCUAUUGUUUUUAUUUCCUCUGAAUAUAUGAAUGCUGCACAUGUCAGUUGAUGUCAUGGUGGUUGUCAUGGUUACAGUGGAUGGAUAAAAAGAGGAGGUUC